CAAGCUUCCAUUCCUCUGCGACAGUUGCUGUCCAAAGAAAUCAAGUCAAACGUAUGUGGUCCAAACCUCACUUGAACUCGGGCCUAUGCCUCCUCGGACAAGGAACAAUCAAUGUCAGACAGAGUACGGGAGGGCGCGUCAGCAAUAUUUUUGUUCGAUGGGACAAAUGCAAAGCAAAGUUUCCAGCUCAAGGCAUUUCUUCUAUCUUUUUCAACUCCUGAUUCACGAGAGAACUCUUACAACCACCAUUUUCCCAGGCUGCUCGGAGAGUCAUGUUCUGUCCACACAUUGUUUCUUGCAUUUGCGAUAGAAGGGAAAAAGGAGCUCAAAGCGUUACAUAAAGCCCUGGCCUCAAGGGCAUUGAUAUCACGUUCAAGGUUGAUCUCGUAUUUGCUGGCUUAGACAAUCUUUUACCAAGACUGCUCUCCAGGCCCUCUGGGAGGCGUUGCUGAACAUUAUGACAGAGAGAUGAUGUCCCGACCGCUAAGGUAAGUGGCCAGACCAGUUGUCUAGGGAAGUCCAUUCCUGAAGUUCCUGUCACAAAGGUCUCUGAAUUGGAACAGAAAUCUUCGAAUUCUUGGCAACAGGGCUGAUAGCUUUAAACACCUCCUGUUCAUACAACUUACAGGCUGGGAUUGCAAGAUUAAAUGAUAGUGCUUUUCGUGUGAAAUGCUCCAAGCUCUUUAAGCGGGGAAAAGAUGAUCCCAAGAGUUUCUCACACGGCGCUUUAAUUUUCUCCUUUUAUCUAGUGGAACUAGAAAGGCUUGCAAUACAGAAUCGGAGAUGAAACCCAGGAAUUUAACAGAAGUAGACAGCUGUGGAGAACUCUUUGCAAGGUUAACAAACUAUCUCGCUGAAAUGAGAUGA